GGCGUCACGGCGGGGCGGGGCUGGAUUUGAACCGGGCGGCGGGGAAGCGGCUGCCGCGCAGCCCCCAUGGCCAAGCAGCUCGGCCGGGACCAGCAGGGCAUCACCCUGCGGGGCAGCGCCGAGAUCGUCGCUGAGUUUUUCUCGUAUGGAAUCAACAGCAUCCUCUACCAGCGGGGCAUCUACCCCCCCGAGACCUUCACCCGCGUCCAGAAGUAUGGCCUCACCCUCCUCGUCACCACCGACCCCGAGCUGAAGAACUACCUCAACAACGUGGUGGAGCAGAUGAAAGAGUGGCUGUACAAGUGCAUUGUGCAGCGCCUGGUGGUGGUCAUCUCGAGUAUCGAAAACAAUGAGGUUCUGGAGCGGUGGCAGUUUGACAUCGAGUGUGACAAAACUGCAAAGGAUGAUAGUGCACCACGAGAAAAAUCUCAGAAAGCUAUUCAGGAUGAAAUUCGAUCUGUUAUCAGACAAAUAACUGCCACAGUAACUUUUCUGCCACUGCUGGAAACUGCCUGUGCCUUUGACUUGCUGAUAUACACAGAUAAAGAUUUGGCAGUGCCAGAAAAGUGGGAAGAGUCAGGACCACAAUUCAUAGCCAAUUCAGAAGAGGUUCGUCUUCGCUCCUUCACUACUACAAUCCACAAAGUAAAUAGUAUGGUGGCUUACAAAAAGGAUUCCUUUCCCUAA